AGCCGGGUCAUUAUUUUAUGCGUGUGAAGAGAAAAAAGUGGAACCAGAUACUAUCGGUUUAUUCUUUUGUCUUUAUUAUUAUUAUUAUUAUGAAGAUAAUUUCUUGAUUAGUACAACACAAGAAGCUGAGGACGGAAACAACACAGAGAUUCAAGGAUCUUGUUCCCCUUUUUCCUGAGAGAGAAAAUAGCUACCUUUAAUUUGUUUUGUUUUUACUUUUUAUUAUUAGUGAUUUUUUUUAAUUUAAUGAAUGAAUGAAAACACCGCCAUCGUUACUUUCUCUUACCAUUGACUCAGCCGUCCUUAAUCUCUCCGACAUCUCCGAUCUCUCUCCCAUCCCUGAUCAUAUCCUCCUCGACCUCUUCCUGAGAAUAUUGAAAGCUGGAAAGCUGACUGAAAAAGUUCUGAAACUGUUUAUAGCAACUGGUAAGGAUGAAGUCAUCUCACUUGUUCAGGCACUGAAUAUCCAACAUAUUGUGACCCCUGUGCUUCCUACCAGAUGUUCUGAGAAAUUCUAAGAUAAGAUUUAAACUACUGUCACAAGUUUGAGUCCAACUCACAAUCUAGAAUUUCAAUUUGUGAAAUAAUCUGUAUUGUAUUGUAUACCUCAAAA